AUGAAGUUCUUCGCCGGGGUACUUGUGGGUCAUCGCGGCGGCGUCAUCUGCGUGGAAGUCGAGGACAAUGCUCGAUUGGGGACGUUGCGACGGGCGUUCAUUGACGAAGUGAACCGAGACGACGAGAAAAAGCGGAUCCAGUGUCCGGCAGACUGCGUGGAGCUGUAUCUGGCCCAAAUCAAUGGUUCGUGGCUGCAGACUCAAGACGAACGUGUGAAGCAGCUGAACGCCGGAGAAAUCCCCGAAGACAUCCAAACCAUCUUGUCCGGUGACCCGGUCGACCCAACUUCUUCUGUCAACAUCUGUGCCCCAGAGAAGACCAUCCAAAUACUCCUAGUCGCUCGACCUCCAAUCGAUGAAGCCGUCCAACUAGGAGCAGGCAGCAAGCGAAAGUUGGUGGAGACCGAGCCUGAAGCACCUCGCAAGGUCGUCAAGGCUUCAUAUAGUGACGAGGAGACUGCAGAGGCGGACCAAGACGAGCCUAGUAACCAAGGCGCGGCAACGAAGGAAGACGAGGGAGGCUACAAGGUGGGCGACCUGGCCGCGUUUGCAGCCAAACUAUUGCGACUUCAUGUGACCGGACCUGAAGAACACGAGGACGAGAUCGUUGGCAUGUUGCAUCAGUUGCUUAACGAGGUGAGAAUGGAACGUUCGGACGUGGAACGAUCGGGGUUGGCUUCAAUGGUGGCGUCUCUGCGUAGAAGCCGCAGCGCUAUCAUUGCGGACACUGCCAGUGCACUGCGAAAGCACAUGAUCAGGACCCUCAAGCAUUAG